AUGAUUUCAACAAUUAGAGACUGUACCGAAGUCAGUGUGUUCCUACUGAAAACAUCAAUGGCUCAGUGGGGCUCAUACGGUUCUUACUGGCAAGGUGCUUGUCCAGGAUAUUAUGAUUAUACACAACCUGCUCAGACAUAUGAUUAUAAUCAUCAAACUAUUCCAGUUUCAUCAGUUCAAGAAAAGCCUUCCACACCUCCCCCACCCGGAGUAGAAUCUACUGCUUCCAAGAUGGAUGGGACUGUUACAAUGACAAGCUCCAUUUCAGCAACUUAUGACACAUCGUGGUGUACUUCGACUCCAUUUCAUUCUCAAAACUUCUCUUGUGCUUAUAAUUAUUCACCUGCGCUCCCACCCCGUCAACCGGUCAUGUUCGACCCAAGUCCACAGAGGCCUAUGAUGCCAAACGUUUCGUAUUCUUCAUAUGGUUCUCCACAGUUCCCGUUGCAUAUGCGAAGUCAGUUAGGGUGUAACUGGAACGCAGCUAGACCUACUUAUGGUUAUCCAGUUAAUGGAGGUGCGGUUCAGUCGUUUGGUAUGUGGCCUGACGGAAGACCAUCUGUUCAUUCCAAUGGUUUGGCAGUGACGGGUCCACGGUUUCCAUUCCAGAGUACUUUAGAUUCUCCAAACACAGUGGCUAUUGAAAAUACUGCGAAUACCCCAAUUUCUAAAGAAGUCUUACAGCAACCACCUGCCAGUUUUCAGGACAAAGGAGCAAAAGAGCAGUGGAGCGAUGAACUCAAAGAGUACGUCCAGCGAGCUUUCUGCAGCAUUGAUACAAGUGAGGAAAAAGAUCAAAUGGAACGGAUUUUAAAAGAAAAAUUGGAGUACGUUUUUAGAAAUAACAUCAAGGUCGAUUGGAAGACAGAAAAUAUCCCAACUAUCCCUAGUCGUGCGAUUGCUAGUUUCCGUAAAUCCUUUAAUAUCAGGGGUAAUUCUGUCAAUGUCGUGCGACCUGUUCAACUUCCCAGUCCUCGUGGACUUCGCCCAACGGGUCCAUCAAGGGGAGCUCCUGCACGUCUUCCUGUUGGGCUUUUGUCGAGAGGUGGCCGCAAUGUGUUUUCGUCUUCAGUUGUUAAGAGUAUAUCACCAUCCAAAAAGUUGCCAUCGAAAUCUCGCUCACCUAGUCGUUCUCCUGUUUCCAAACCUCUAAAAGAUUGGCAGAGAAAACGUUUAUAUAGAUCCAGGUCUAGUUCAUCUUCAAAAUCACGUGGCUCCCCUCAUUCUUCAUCCUCAAGUAGUUUCAGGACAAAACGCCAUCGGCGUCGGGACUCUCGGUCGCGCUCUGGUUCUCGGCACGCACAGAGAAAAACGAAUGAUGUAAAGGAUUCUCAGAAAAGUACACCGCAAUUAGCCACCAGGGGUAAUUCCAAAGGUAGACGGCGGAGACGCGGUGGUGCUUCGAACGCCGACCCAAGUACGGACGCAAAUACCUCUAAUGAAGAUGGAACAGCUGUAAGGGGUCGUGGACGUGGCAGCUGGCGUGGUAAACGUGGAAAUAUUUCAAAGCAUACUCCUCCAAGUGAAUCUCGCCUUACACAACGAGCCAGUAGAUUUAAAGAUCAUCUAGUGCAGUCACCUAUUGGAUCAGGUUCCAUUGGACGAACCACCAGUCAGUUGCUUUCGAAUUACACUGACGAACGUGAUGAUCUAGCUGUUGAUUUUGGUAGCUGUCAAAUCAUUGGUACCAUGCAAGAAAUAGAAAAACAAUACUUAAGACUGACUCGAGCCCCAGAUCCUACAGAAGUGCGACCCUUAGCAAUUUUGAAGCUUUCUUUGGAGCACGUCAAAGAAAAAUGGCGUUCAAAUACCGAUUAUCACUGGGUGUGUGAGCAGUUCAAAAGUAUACGUCAAGACUUAACUGUACAAGGUAUCGAAGAUGAUUUUGCAGUAUCAGUUUAUGAAGCACAUGCAGAUGUAGCCUUAGAAGCUGGUGAUUUUGAAGAAUUUCAUCAAUGUCAAAGUCAGUUGCUCCGUCUCCAUAAAGAAGGUUUAGGUGUUAGUAGACUGCUAGAAUUUACAGCCUACAGACUUCUUUAUUACAUCUUCACUCUCGAUAUUUUAGGUAUCAAUACUAUCAUGGCUGGUUUACGUCCAACUCACAAAACUAAUCCAUGUGUUUCAUUUGCUUUAAAACUCCGGUCAGCGUGGUCGUUGAGUAAUUAUCACCGUUUCUUCAAACUUCUUUGUCCAGCUAAUGAUGAUCAACAACCUCCUUUACGGUGCAAACAUGUUGUAAACUGGUUUGUUGAUCGUGAAAGAAAAGAGGCUAUCAGACUAAUGUUUAAGGUUUUCCGUCCUACAAUAAGUCUUUCGUUUAUAUCAAAAUUAAUCGGGUUUUCCUCUACUGCUUUAUGUAAAGAUUUUAUUUGUAAAGAAUUUACUCUACCAGAAUCCAAUUUGGAGCCGAUAGAAAAAAUCGAUGCGAAGGUGGUUUGGAGUCUUAUGUGUUCACAGUCAACAUGA